GCAGUGGACGACUUGUUGCGCUGUGGGAUAUGCUUUGAUUACUUCAGCAUUGCAAUGAUCAUUCCACAGUGUUCACACAACUAUUGUUCCCUUUGUAUACGCAAGUUUCUGUCCUACAAAACUCAGUGUCCCACGUGCUGUGUGGCAGUCUCAGAGUCUGACCUGAGGAACAAUCGGACGCUAGAUGAGCUAGUGAAGAGCUUUAAUUCUGCCAGACAACAGCUGUUCCAGCUGGUCUUGGACACUCCGCUGGCCUGCAGCAGGCGGUCAGCUGGCAAGAGCUGCAGUAAGAGUCCUGGUCCUCAGCCAGCUCCAGGAGUGCCAGUGAUUGACAGGUUCCUGAAAAAGGAAAAAGAUUGCACCUUGACAGAGGCAGACGGUCUGGCAGGAGCAGAUCAGAAGACUUGCCAAACUGAGCAACACCAGAACCGUUCCAGCAGUUCUGCAGAGGCUGAUGGUAAAGACAAUGGAGUGGGAUCACAAGAGAGUCCUGAGUGCACCCAAAGUCUUGAAAAGCCUUCUACAUCUGUGCUGAAAGUAGUUAAGAAAGUGGGUUGUCCUGUUUGUGAAGUUGCUAUUCCAGAGCAAUACAUAAACAAACAUCUGGAUAGCUGCUUGACAAGGGAAGAGAAGAAGGACAGCCUCAGAAGUUCUGGUCACAAAAGGAAGCCCAUGUCUAAAAUUGUUUACAACUUGCUGUCUGACCGUGACUUGAAGAGGAAGCUGAAGGAACAUGGUCUGUCCACCCGAGGGACCCGCCAGCAGCUCGUCAGGCGGCACCAGGACUUCGUGCACCUGUACAAUGCUCAGUGUGAUGCUCUGCAUCCCAAAUCUGUUUCAGAGAUUGUUAAAGAGCUGGAGAAGAAUGAGAAGAUUCGGGUUCAGCUUGAGUUUAACAAGCCCAGUGAAAAUAGCUUGACCUUCACAAAGGAUCAGACAGAGGAAGAAAUAGAUGAGAUCCACGCUGACUAUCGAAACAAACACAGAAGUGAAUUUCAGUUGUUGGUGGAGCAAGUAAAUAAUCGGUGGAAGAAAAGCGGCAGGAGGAAAACAGAAAGUGCUGAGCACAAAGAAGUUGUCACUGUCAAAGAACUGCCAGUGGCCACAGGGGAAGGCAGGGAAGAGCAUGACACAGCUGCUGGCCCUGGAGAAGCCCAGGUGCUCCAGACAGAAACUCCUGAUGGCAGAAGUGAACCUCCUUCCCUGGAGGAAGGCCAGAGAUCAGCCUCUCCUGCCUUCUCACUGUCAUCAACAAGCAG